CAUCAGCAAACAAGAUGACAGCCCUCCGCCCCCUCCGCCCCCUCCACCUGCACCUAUCAAGGCCGGCCCGAACCUUAACCACCGCAUCGACGCUGUCGAGAUCCAUAGCCGACUCCGCCAAAGAAGCUGUCAGGACCAUCGACCGCGCGGCGGGGAGCGCAGCACUCAAGGGGAUUGAAACCGGCGAGGCGAUCGCACAGACGGCGAAGCGGACCGCGGCGCGGACGCGGGAGGUGGGGAGUGGGGUCGCGGGCAAGGCGAAGGGUACCGCUUCUGAGGCUGCUGGAAAGGCGUAUGAAGGGGCUGGUGGUAUGAAGGGGGAGGUUUCGGGCGAUGCUAGGGCUAAUGUGGAUAAGAGCUAGGGAAUGAUUGGAGGGGGGUUGAGAGUGAAUUGGUGGCUCUUUUUUUUUUUAUUUUUACUUUUCCAAUUUCUCUAAUUUGAGGUUUGGGUUUUCGUGAGGGAAUGUGAAUUGCAAUAUCGGAGUUUUG